AUGGCGGAGGAGCUCUGCCACACCAGCCUGGGCAUCACCUAUGCGCAGGCGCUGGGAUACUCGCUGGCGGCGCUGCUAGGUUGCGGGCUGUGGCUGUGGGCGUGGGGCCGGUGCUUGCAGCCGGGGCCGUGGCGGCUGGCUGCCGCCGCUCCGGUGGUCGCCCUCAACUUUGCGCUGCCCAAGCUCUUCUGCCGCUGGGAGGACUCCACCACCAUUGUGUUCUCCUGGGCUGUCAACCGCGGCUCGCUCUGCAUGCAGCCCUUCUCGCCCUCCCAGUUUGUCGCCGCCUACAUCUUUCCCAUCACUCCCCUGAUUGGCAGUACCACAGGCUCCCCUCCUCUGUCCACCACAGCCACCGACGGCAUGCCCGCCGAGCCGGUCGCCGCCGCCGCCACCGACAGCAAGGCGGCCAACGGCAGCGGCAGCAGCGGUGGCGAUGGGGAUGGUGCGGCGCAGGCUGCCCAGCCCCGCGGCGCCAGCAAGGGCAGGCUCAGCGAGGACGCCGGCAGCCUGAAUGCCAUGCUGGCAGCCUGGCUGGCCAAGAAUGCUGGCAUUGCCUUCCUGGUCUGGCUGCUGCAGCACCCGCUGCCGGGCCUGUUGGAGUCGUUUGUGUACGGCCUGGCCCUGUACGCCCUGCUGUCUCUCAUCAUGGACGGCCCCGCCGCUCUGGUCAUCGGCGCCACGGGCCUGCGUGUGUCGCCCCACUUUGACCGCCCCUGGCGCUCCACCUCUGUCGCCUCCUUCUGGUCCAAGCGCUGGGACCUGGCGGCAGGCAACACCCUGCGCCAGCUGGUGUACGACUCGGUGGUGGAUGGCAGCCUGAUGGCGCCGCCAGCGGGAGUGCCGCAGGCACGCCCCACCGCGCUGCGCCAGUUAGUCGGCUCUCUGGCCUCCUUUGGGGCCAGUGGGCUGUUCCAUGAGUUUAUCUUUUGGUACCUGACCGGCCACACCACCCGCGGCGUCUGGCUCUCCUUCUUCCUGGCCCAGGCGCCCAUCAUCGUGGCCGAGCGCCUGGCGCUGUCGGCGCUCAAGCGCCGCGGCAUCCUGCUGCCCGACUGGCUGCGCGUGUGCGUGUCCAUGCUGCUGGUGGUGGCCACAGCCCAGCACCUGUUCUGGGCGCCCUGCAAGAAGCAUGGCGUGGCCGACAGUGUGGUGAACAACGUGCACCGCGGAAUCCAGGGCACCAUGAAGAGCGCCGGCCUCAUUGCCCGAGCCUGA